UGCUUCUGCGGUGUGCAGCAGACAGACUGGAAAGUGGCUCUUAGGGGGUUCAGUUUUGUGUGAGAGGCGUCUCCUUUAUCCCAGUUUCUUAUUUCUACGUUAAAGGGGGGGCAACAAAAACUCUUAAGGCACGUUGCAAUGCACAGACACAGUUAAAGGGCAGUAGUGGGACUGGAUUACAGCGGAAUAUCUGGAUACAUCAGACAGGAAGGGGACUUUGUUUUUCCCAUCUCUGAGCCCUGUUGGAAUUGUCUCAGGCGGAGGAGCGAGAAAAGGAAAAAAGCAAUCUAGAGGAUGAAAGAUAUCUGGGAAAACCUCUGUGGUGGCAUCUGAUUUCGUUGGUGUAUUUUGUUAAUUAUAUCCAAAAUCGCAAUCCAAGCCACUUUUAAGAAAAUCUCUUUUGGGGGGGGGCGGGGCGCGCUCAUCCUAUUUGUUAGUGUGUUCCAUCAAAGUCUUCCAGUGUGACAGAUCAGCUUAAAAAAAACGAGUUUUCAGCUAUGUUAUGGAAGUUCUAAAGUCUUUUAAUUAGUUUUUCAACCUGGUUUCAAAUAGCCUGCUGACAUUUUUACGAUUUAGCUGAGAGUUGAAUGAACAUGGCCAUUAACACGGACACCGACUUCCAGAAGUCCAACUUGGGGGAGGGCGGGGGGGGCGCCCGCCCCGCGGACUUCCAGGAGACGGAGAAACUCCUCGCCGUGACCACCGAGCCCGGAGGCAACGGAAUGAAGAUGUCCACCUCCUUCACCGUCAACGUGGGCAGCGACAAGGGCCUGGAGGCGGACCAGAACGGCCACGGCGUGGCGCUGAGGUCCGGCUCCACCGGUCAGCUGUCCGCCGCCGCCCCCCUGUCCCCGUCCAGGGCCAGCCUGAGCCGCUCCUCCACCGGGAACGCCGGCGUGCAGGAGACCCCCAAGCCCAAAGAUUACCUCAUCCUGGUCAUCUUCUCCUGCUUCUGCCCGGUCUGGCCCGUCAGCAUUGUCGCACUGGUCUACUCCAUCAUGUCCAGAAACAGUCUCCAGGCCGGGGACAUCGAUGGGGCCAGGAGGCUGGGGCGACUGGCUCGCCUGCUCAGCAUCGUCUCGUUUGUCCUGGGAGUGGUCAUCAUCGUAGUGUUCGUCUCCGUUCAGAUCUCAGCUGGGAAGCAUUGACCUGGAGGACUGUAGAGCCAAACCAGAAAUUCAGCAAAGGAAAAAAAAGACCACUUCAAGAAAAACAAAAACCGAUCGAAAACUAUUUCAUAAUGUAGUGACAUCAUGGCCAAUUACCAGAAAAGAAAAAAAUAGAAUAUGUGGAGAGUCACGAGAGAUGGUUUUGCAGCAAGUAAACAAAUAGGAACAAUAUUCUGAGAUGCAUGCAUUAGAAUUGUGUAACAUUUGCUUGAAAAGAAAUAUCCUUAUGUGAAUUGGUCAGGUUCAAACAGUAAAAUGUAAGUAGAGAUGUAUUUGAGAGGUCAGGAGGGGCUUUUAGGUACACGGACUUCUUGAAAUGAAGAAGAUUUGCAUACAAAGAGAGAGAAUUAUGGACUUUUUUAUGCCUGGGAUGGAGUUUAUUAUGAACAGAAAUAUCUGUAUUUGUCCUCAAACUUGGGAAAGUUGCAUUUAACCCUCAUAUAUAUUCCUGACUGAAUCUGAAUCUCCUAUAUUUAAAGUAUAUUCAAACAUAUUUGAAAUAUGGAUAUAUGAGUAUAUAAACAUGCAUUGUAUAUGUACAUUUUUUAAAUGUUUGUAUGCCACGUGGUGCUGAGUUUGUUAAGACCGUCGAUAUGGCUGUUUUGUCUGCACUUGGAGUUUUAAUGUAAAUUCUAAUUCGUGAGAGGGGGCAAGGAAGACCUUUUAUUUUGAUUUUUUAACCAAGUACAAUUUUUUUCCAAACUAAACUGAUUUAACCAACCGCAUGCCUGAAUGUACAUAAUCAAUUUGCCUUCUUUUGGACUGUUAUUAGUUGUUCUAAUGUCAAGGGGCUAGCAGAUUUGCACAUGGAACUAAGAACCACACGAGAAGACACAAGGACUGUGAUUUAACCCAGCGACACCCUCCACUUCUCCAGAAUCUCUUUAUCUCGCUUUGCUCUCGCAAAGACAGAAAGGCAUUCCAAAUGCAUCGCCACGCCUUCAUCCCACACCCCACCUUAGUGACUGGUGCCAGCCCCCCCCUCAGUUUAGUCUCCACUCCUUCAUCUCAUACCUUUAUGCUCCUUUAUACAUUUUACAUUUGCAACCUUUCUACACCAUCGCUCCCCAUAUUCCAUGAACAUUCUUAUAUUACACCGACUGUUAAACCUUUUUUUUUCUUCUUUGUGUCCGUGAAAAAGUAUUUAUAUGACAAAAUAUAUAUACAAUAUGCACGCAUGCUAUGGGCCAAACAGGCUGAUGCACACUUAUUUUUGUAAAUGAGUGGAUCACUGAGUUAAAAAAUAGCAUUUAAAGAAAUAUUCUUAAAAUCCAAGCACGACAAAUUGGAUUCCUCACUUCAAGGGUAAACUUAACGUAUUAACUUCCACCUACAGAUACAGAGGACUGUUGUAUUGACAUAUGACACUGGCUUAUACCAUAAUAAAAGGACCAUAAUAAUCACAGUGAAACCAUGUUGCAAUAUGUUAAUGCUGUCUGUUUUUCUUUUGAUGCUAAAGAUUUAGUCUCCAAUGCAAAUUGAAAUCCCAAAACAUCUGGGGGAAAAAAUUUACUUUUAAAAAAUCGAUGUCAUUUGUUGAGUUCCAAUGGUUGUUGAAGGGCUCCUAGAACUGAAACACCAGCUAAGCAAUGAUGCUAACAUGGACAUAAAACUGAACGUCAUCCGUGUAAAGAUGUGCAAAUCUGGCCAAGUAAACCCUAUUUAGCACACUCAUUUUGCAAAAUUUGCUUUUCUGUUUUUUAAACCACUGUAAGAAAGAUCACUUUCAAGUACCAACAAGCAGCAAAAUCCAAAGAUCCCCAACGUUCAUUGACUGGAACUGCUUUACUAUCCACUCGCAUCUAAAUGUGACCGUCCUUGGAACUGAUGGUCUGGAGCCAGCUAUCUGGCCUAAUCACUGCUCUGUCAGUAACAGAGUUACAAACAGUUCAAAACUUCCACUCAUCUCUAUGUACUGCUGUUUGUUUUUUUUUCCUGUACUCUGUAUGUGACGGUUCUCAUCUCUAUGGUGUACAUUUUGCAUGUCAGGAAUAAAUGUUACCACGCAUGGUCCCAGUUUUUGUCUCUCAAUGGUAUUUAUAGAUGCGUAAUGCCACAGUUGUGCCAUUAUUCAUACUUAAUAA